CGGGGCUGCCGCCGCCGCCUCCCCUCACUGCAGGCGCUGCCGGCGCGGAGCGGAGCGGGCCGGGCCGGGCCCGCCCGGGCCCGCCCGGCCGCCGCCACCAACACCGCCACCAUUCCGCCCCUACCUUCCCGUUGCCGGCGGCCCCCAGCUGCCACCAUGCAAGAGCUCAUCGCCAGCGUGGACCACAUCACGUUCGACCUGGAGCUGGCCGUGGAGCAGCAGCUGGGGGCACAGCCGCUCCCCUUCCCUGGCAUGGACAAAUCGGGCGCAGCUGUCUGUGAGUUUUUUUUAAAGGCGGCAUGUGGAAAAGGAGGCAUGUGCCCAUUCAGACACAUCAGUGGGGAAAAGACAGUUGUUUGUAAACACUGGCUACGAGGACUGUGCAAAAAGGGAGACCAGUGCGAGUUCCUGCACGAGUAUGAUAUGACCAAGAUGCCUGAGUGUUACUUCUACUCCAAAUUUGGGGAAUGCAGUAACAAGGAAUGUCCGUUCUUGCACAUUGACCCGGAGUCGAAGAUCAAAGACUGUCCCUGGUAUGACAGAGGCUUCUGUAAACACGGUCCCCUCUGCAGACAUCGGCACACUCGGAGAGUCAUUUGUGUGAAUUACCUGGUAGGAUUCUGUCCAGAGGGGCCUGCCUGUAAAUUCAUGCAUCCUCGGUUUGAACUGCCAAUGGGAACCACAGAGCAACCACCACUGCCUCAGCCAACACAAACACAGCAAAAGGUACCCAGAUCCCCUGCCCAACAAAGAUCUUUAUCCUGGAUGUACUUAACCAGUCAGAACUCUUCUACCCAACAGAGGACACCCCAAGUCAUUGGAGUCAUGCAAUCUCAAAAUAACAACAGUGGGAACAGAGGACCCCGGCCGUUGGAGCAGGUCACCUGCUACAAGUGUGGUGAAAAAGGUCAUUAUGCCAACAGAUGCACCAAAGGACACCUGGCCUUUCUCAGUGGACAGUGAAGUAGCAGCAGGAGGGUGCAAGGGUGCUGUUACCACUGAAAAAAGGUUUCUGCCUAGCACAAUGUCUGGAGCUAUUAAUCAGGUUGUUUUUUUAAUGCCAUUACUGAAAGAACUGGUCAGAGGCUGGCUGCUGCUA